AUGAAGUUGACGCCACCACUUUUAAAGCAAAUAUCAAAGCCUUUCAAAAAAGUAUGGGCUGCCAAGUAUCCAAGUAAAGCAUAUGAUUUACCAGAUAUUCCAAAGGGACUGGUGAAAAAAGGUAUUAGAAUCACCAAACCGUUACAGACUGAGAGGGUCGUCACACAGCAGUUGGACCAUGUGACUUUACCUACCGAUGAGACAGAGCAGCCAGGCUAUAACUCUGAACCGGUCUGGGAAUUCACAGACAAUAAUCGUUUCAUUGAAGGUUUAAAACAAGCACAGAAUCUUACAAAAUCCAUCAUCUACAGUGGAAUGCCAGAUGGAGUGUCUAGCUUAAUAGAUAAGGUGGAACAUCCCCAACAGAAUGAGCUGCUGAAGAGGAUUAUCCUACAGAGUCAGGUUUGGGAUCCAGCUAAAGACAAGCUUCCUAAGAGGAUUGACAAGUCCUAUAUCAAAUGGCAUUUCCAACGUGAAUAUGGCAUUCCCAGAAACAGGAGUAUUCGGAUUCUAAAUACAAACCUGGUACGUCUGGCUAACAGUCUCAUCCAUUCACAAUACCCGGCUGCUCUCACUGACACACAGCUUCAUAUCCAGCCAGCAUUUGACACACACUACACCUUUAUGGGUGAGAAGAUUGUAAUAAAGAGCACGCCAAGCUUCUUACUGACUGGAAACAACACACUUCCUCGGUUUUCUGACAAAGAAACAGUUGCCAACACAACUGAGGAGGCCUUGCCAAACAUGUUCCCUAUUCUACCAACAAUAGAUCUCCAAUCCACACACUAUUAUACCUUAACCAACAGUAUAGUUGUCCUUGUAUUGGUCCUGAUCGGAGUGACAAUAUUUGUUGUUAUGAGAAGAUGGGACAGAUUGUUUAUGGCUUGGAAUAGAACGAUUUUUCGUCAAAUCCAUAAUUUUGCCCUAAAACGAGAUGCCAGGGGUGUCUUCUACGAGGUCCGAGUGCGAUACAAAAAUCGGGGCUACUGCAAGUCUUGCAUUAUGUAA